AUGGCGACUGUCGCCGAGCUGAAGGCUGUUUUAAAGGACACUUUGGAAAAAAGGGGGGUACUAGGGCAUUUAAAAGCAAGGAUCCGAGCUGAAGUUUUCAGUGCCCUAGAUGAUGAUCAUGAACCCCGACCAACGUUGUCUCAUGAAAACCUUCUAAUUAACGAAUUAAUUCGGGAGUAUUUGGAAUUCAACAAAUGUAAGUAUAUGGCAUCGGUCCUCACAGCAGAAUCUGGUCAACCUGCAGUUCCACUGGACAGACAGUUUCUCGUCCGUGAACUAAAUGCCUUUGAAGAGUCAAAGGACAGCAAAAUACCUCUUUUAUAUGGAAUUUUGGCUCAUUUCUUGCAUGGAACUAAGGACGGUGUCCCAAACACCUUUCUGAAAGAGUCUUCACUUCAGCCUUCAAACCCAAAUCUUGUCAGACAGAAGAAGGCCGAUGGGUGACCACCUGGAAAGGAGAGGGGUGAAGGCACCAACACUGAGGCUGUCCCCCUUUCUCAAGCCGUGAAGAGAUGACACUUCGAUGCAGAAUAUCUUUUAUCUUAAAAUUGUGUGUAUUAAGUAACUUAUUUAUCAUUCCAGAGUUACCAUUUUGUAGAAAUUUGAGUUUCUGCAAAAUACUUGACCCCUCGUGUUUUACUGCAUUUGUGAAUAAAAGCUAACUCUGUCAUCUAGCUUAUUGGAUGUGACUGGAAA